AUGGAACAAAGCACAUAUCUUGGACCGUUUUUCUAUCAUGUCCGUCACAUUGCUCGCUCCUACAUUGCGUUUUAUACCUUAUACCAGUCCGGCGGGCGCGUUCAUGUCAGCUGGCGCUUCUACGGAGAUGGUAGUCCGCGACCCCGACGCCGAUCCAAUUCACCGCAUCCCAUUCCGCCUGUGGCCACCGUUGGAGCCAAUGCUAAUAUUCAACAUAUGUCAGGCUUAAAUUCUUCUUCCUCUUCUGCCCCCUUGGUUGCUAUGAGUGGUAAUACAAUUGCUGCUUCUGACGGCCCAGCAACUGUAACGCCUGCAGCUGAGCUCUCGUCUACACAGGGAGUUCCACUGAAUUGGGUAUGUCUUGUAUACUAUGUACAAUUUUUAUGA